CGUUGCAUUGGUGGUGUCCUUAAUUCCUUUUUCUUUUUUCUUUCUUCUUUUUAUUGUGGAACAGAGGUGUUUAUCAAAUUAAGCCGUAAUAAAGUCUGUUAUCCAAACAAGAAAACUGUACAAAAAUAAUUUAAGAUGAAGCGAUAUCGAGGCUAAUCUGUCGACCUGUAUAUUAAUAAUGGCCUCAGAGUUUGGUUGGCAGCACCAGCAUGGAUUCCACUAGUGGCUACUGAAUAGCUAUAUAAGCGACGAAAAAACUGCCACUGGUUUUACUCUUCAGUGGCCGAUUGGAUUGUUAGGAAAAGACUCACCACCUCUGUUCACAAAUUGUUGAAAGAACAGAGAGAAAGAAUGUGGUUGUUUAGCAAGAAAAGCCCAUCGGGGUUCUCAUCAUCUUCCACAGCUGAGCAAGUUACACAAGGGAUUGAUGGCUCUGGUCUUACUGCCAUUGUUACAGGAGCUUCUAGUGGUAUUGGAACUGAAACUACCCGCGUACUUGCAUCAUGUGGUGUCCAUGUAGUUAUGGCAGUGAGGAAUUUGGUUUCUGGAAGAAAUGUCAAAGAAACUAUCAUAAAGGAAAUCCCCACAGCCAAAGUUGAUGCUAUGGAAUUGGAUCUCAGUUCAAUGGCAUCUGUAAGAAAGUUUGCAUCAGAUUUUAAUUCCUCAGGUCUUCCAUUGAACAUCCUAAUUAACAAUGCAGGAGUCAUGGCAACUCCCUUCAUGCUUUCCAAAGACAACAUAGAACUACAGUUUGCAACAAAUCACUUAGGUCAUUUUCUUUUGACAAAUCUUCUUUUGGACACCAUGAAGAAAACAGCCCAUCAAAGUAAUAGAGAAGGAAGAAUUGUAAAUGUCUCAUCAGAGGCGCAUCGAUACUCUUAUCAUGAAGGAAUUCGUUUUGAUAAAAUUAAUGACCGGUCCGGGUAUAGCAGUUUUCGUGCCUAUGGUCAAUCAAAGCUUGCUAAUGUGUUGCAUGCUAAUGAGCUCACUAGACGACUAAAGCAGGAAGAUGGGGUCAACAUAACUGCAAAUUCACUUCAUCCCGGAGCAAUUGUCACCAAUCUUUUCCGUCAUAUGAACAUCAUCAAUGGCAUGGUUAAUGUGCUUGGUAAACUUGUGCUUAAAAAUGUUCAGCAGGGUGCUGCAACAACAUGCUACGUGGCAAUGCAUCCGCAAGUUAAGGGUAUAAGUGGUGAAUAUUUUUCGGACAGUAACUUGGCCAAAGCAAGUGCUCAUGGUAGAGAUGUUGAAUUGGGAAAGAAACUCUGGGAUUUCAGCAUGAAAUUGGUUAGCUGAAUGCCAGGUCGAUGAUAAGCUAGUUACUAUUUAAUGCGCCAAAAAGAUUUUGUAAUAAUAAUAAAGCAACUGUCAUUUAUAAUUUCUUAGACAAUGUAUAUAAGAAUCUUGAUGCAAGAGUGGACCGUAUGAUAAUGAAAACUGCGUAACCUUAUUUCACUA